AUGAUUGUACCUCAGUAUACUAAUGUCUUCAGUAGACCUGAGGAAUCGAGGCCAGGAUAUGACGAUUCGGGCCCUAUACAGUUUGCUAAUGAAUUAACACCCCCGCAGCCUCCAUCAGGGUUUGAUUCUGAUCCCGGUGCUAUUAGUUUGGCAUUUUUGAUAAGUUUAUCAGUCACGUUUGCUAUGCUCAUGCUUAUACUAAUAGUUAUUGCAGCCUAUUUGACAUUUUUCAGCACUGAUGAGACAGAGUAUGAUGAAGAGAAUGCAAGUAGAAGUAACGUGCCGCCAAACAUUGGCAGAACAAGACCAUUCCAUUCUUUGCUGUUUAAUAAGAAACAUAAUGGUUUGCUAUUGGAUUCAAGCUUUAAUGAACCUGGGGACUCUGAAGACAGUGUAAAAUUCAAGGAAAUUGAACGAAAUGAAUUCAAGAAAAUGUCAAAUUUUGAAAUUCAAUUGUACGAAAGGUGCAAAGAAUUUCAAAAGCUAUCACCUCCAAACGUUUCAGAAUUUGGUACUUUUUUGAAAUCAAAUGAUCUAACAUUUAUAAAAGAUAGAGGUAUAUCAAGUUUUUAUCUUUUACCAAGCAUUAAUGACAACGUUGACAUUGAAGGGAAUUUCUUACCUAGUUUCAUUGUACAAGACAAGUUAGAUGUGACAUUCACUAAGUUCAACCAGAGUUCGUCUACGAUAAUGAAUUAUCCAUUUCCUUAUAAUAAAAAAGAUGCAGUAUAUUUUGAAGUUAAGGUGUUUAAGCACUUCAAUGAGCAUUCCAAUACCAUUUUCAGCAUAGGUUUAACGACUAUACCAAAUCCAUACUUUAGAAUACCGGGGACAUAUAAGUACUCGAUUGCAUAUGAAUCAACGGGGAAGUUGAGAAUAAAUAAUCCUUUUACGGCUAGUACAUUGUUACCUAAGUUACAAGAAGGAGAUGUAGUGGGUUUUGGUUAUAAAUAUAAAACAGGCACAAUUUUUAUCACUCAUAAUGGUAAGAAAUUGAUGGAUGUGACACAAGGUGUUAAUAUCGAUUUGUUUGUUAGCAUAGGUGCAAUAAAUGCGUCGUAUACAAGAACGUAUACUAAAGACGGAUUAUUGGAAGAUCCAGACAACGUAUCGUUACGUGAGGCAUUAUCAGAAGGUAGAGAUAUUCAAUUACCUGAAAAGAUACAGAAAGUUCAUGACCCAAAUAAUAUAAGCGAUAUGAUUGAGAAUGAUGAAGUGCAACUACAACUGAACUUAGGUCAAAUUGGAUACGUGUUUAUCGAAGCCAAUGUGAAAAAAUAUGCAUUUGCAAGUGUUUAUGGUCAAAUAGGAGUACCACCUGCCUAUAACGGGGCAGAGCUUAAUAAAGACAUCAUUUUACAGAAGGGUGAAGAACUACCACCAUCUUAUCUUGACAAUAAUAAUGAUAAUAUCAUAAGUAUUGGAACGAGCACUGCAGGGCAGCUGGGACUUUUGGAAGGAACCAGCUCCGACCGUCGAACUUCUAAUUACUCACAGAACCAAUCACAUGAUCUACAAUAUGAGAGGGCUUCUUCAGCAUAUGAUCAGGAGCACAAUGCCUAUGAUGAUGCGUUGGCUGAAAAUGAACUGAGUGACAAUGAGGGUGGUAAUACGAAAACCGCCAAACAAAGGAAACAGCAUAAAAAACAUCACAAGAAAAGGAAGAAAAGAUUAAGAAAGUGA